CCCAAACUAGACACUAGAUCUGAGGAGGUGUCGGGGGAAAGCUGAUAAAGCCGUCUCAGCAAAGAGUGAAGAACAUCAGCACCACCGCCAUCCGACAGCAUCAUGAAGACUCUUUGGUUCACUCUGGGGCUGCUGCUGCUCACCGCCUGCUGCUGCAACACCAUGCCUAAAGCUCCGCAGUUCAAGCCUGGAAACUGCUGCUUCAAGGUCCACACGCGUGCUUUACCAUUGGAGCGUGUCUACAGCAUAGCCAAGACCCACAGAUCCUGUCGGAUCAAGGCAUUCAUAGUCCAGACUAUGAAAGGAAGACAGAUCUGCUACAGUGGAACUUUCCAGUGGGCUCUGGAUGUCUACAAUCAGCAUCACUGAGGAUGCAUUAUCAUAUAAUACUGUGAUCAAUUAAUGCCUGUUUUUGCAGCCCUAUAAAUACAUGAUCUUUGUAUUUUAAUAAAUGUCUUAACUUUA